AUUUUACCUUCUUCCAGCACAAAAGAAGAAGAAGAAGAAGAAAGAUGUUGUUGGAGGUGGAAGCAGGAGAAGUUGUGACGAUGACAGAGCGACGUGAGAUGAUGGUUGACGAGGAAGAUGGCGCGGAUGCAACCCCUCUUCGAGCUCUGGAUAGCGGUGAUGGGGACAGCGACGAAGACUCCGGCGAAGGCAGCUCUGGAGACUCUGACGACUCAGAUGACGGCGAAGAAGAAGAGACAGAGGAAGACGACGAAGGCGAAGAGGAUGACAGCGAUGACGACGAAGACGACGACGACGAAGAUGAUGAUGAUGAUGAUGACGAUGAUGACGAUGAUGAGGAAGAGGAAGAGGAGGAAGAGGAGCUUCCCAGGCUCACUUUCUACAAGCUUGGUGCUGAUGUGCCAACCAUCCUCAAUGAUCGCGUGGCGACAUGCUUUGCCGUGUCCUCAAAGUUUGCUAUUCUGGGGACAGACCUCGGCUCUAUUCACAUCCUGGACGCAAUGAACGGGACAGAAGUGCAACGGUACACUCAGCACUCGGAACGCGUGACCGACAUCUCCAUCGACCGAUACGGCGACUUUGUUGCAACCGGUGCUGACGACGGCAAGGUCAUCAUCCGCAACUUGUACGACGCCAAAGCCGUUCUCUCCUUUUCCUUCGACCGCCCCAUUCGCUCUGUGGCAAUUGAUCCAGAGUACCCAAAGAAGAAGAAAAACAUGUUCAUCACUGGUGGCAAGGCCGGACAGCUGCUGUUGCAUGUCGACAAGUCAUUUGCAUUCUUUUCUCGCACAAACGCCACUGUGCUGCACAGCGGAGAAGGGUGCGUGUCGAUUGUUCGCUGGCGCGGGCCUUAUGUCGCCUGGGCAAACGACAUUGGCGUGAAGCUCUAUGACACCACGCUGAAUCAGCGCAUUGCGUCCGUUGACCGCCCACAGAACAGCCCAUCUGCUGAAGAGUAUCAGUGCCGGCUGUCGUGGAAGGAUGACAAGACGCUUCUCAUGGGCUGGGCGGACCACAUUGCCGUUGGAGAAAUUCGCCAGCGGGCCGAGCCAGCCGGGCCUGGCGAACCAAAUGUGUUCAUGCAGCUGCUGGUGCGGAUUGAGACGUCGUUUUGGAUCAGCGGAAUUGCGCCCUUCAGUGCUGAGGAAAUGGCGCUACUGGCGUAUCUUGACUCUGAGGUUGAGCUUGAGUCUGGACAGAAGGCGCUGUGUGGAGAUGUGCCCGAGCUGAAGAUCCUCACGAUGGCCGCGCUUGAAGUGAGCAGCAGCGAUCUUGCUGUCGAGGAUUACGACAAGUUCAGGGCGAACGACUACUUCUUCGAGAGCAUCCCGGACGAGAAUGUGUACUUUAUUGUGUCGCCGCGCAACAUUAUCGUCGGCAAGCCGCUGUCGAUGGACGAGCGCAUUGAGUGGUUGAUCAAACACGAUCGACACGAAGAUGCCGUCAACGUCGCCGACGAGAACCACGCGCUCCUCACCGCAUACACGCCCACGAAAGUGCGGGAGGCGUGGCUGCAGUCGCUGCUGGAGAAGGGCAUGUUCGACCACGCCGCAGCGUUGACACAGCCGACAUUCAACACGGAUGUGCUGCUGUGGGAGAAGUGGAUUGCGAUAUUCCGCAAGUUUGGGGCCCUCAACAACCUUGCCAAGUACAUUCCACGCGACGAGCCACGAUUGAAGGAAUCAACAUACACGGGUGUAUUGCUGACAUACCUCGACACAGAUCUCACGCUGUUCAACGCCAUCCUGACGAAAUGGGUGGCCGUCAUCAAAAUUGACGAGAUUGUGCAGGCUGUCGAGAACAAGAACUUGAAGAACCCAUCCAAUCAGCUCCGAAACAUCCUCGCAUUCCUGUAUGCGCGCACGAACCAGAAGGACAAGAGCUUGAACAUUUAUCUCGACCUCGGCCGCACGGAGGCAUUUGAUCUCCUCAACCAGAAGCCCCUCCUCUUCCAGCACGUCAAGGACCGUGUGGUUGACAUGAUCCGCCUUGACCAAGAGCGCGCCAUCGCGCUCCUCACAGAGAAUGUCGACCAGAUGCCCGUCUCCAGCGUGCUGCCCCAGCUCGAACAUGAGCCCGUGCUGCAGCUGCAGUACUUGGAGGCAAUGGCGAUGAAAGACGAGGCGGUUGCGCGCAAGUUUGGGCACCGCCUUGUCCUCCUCACUGCGGAUCACGCACGGCACAAGCUGCUGCGGCUGCUGCAGACCAACCACGCCAUCCCCUACCGCGAGGCGCUCAAAAUCUGCCAGGAGAAGAAGCUGUGGCGUGAAUACGCGUACUGCCUCCAGCGCGGCGGGAAAGUCAAGGAGGCAAUGGUGCUGAUGAUCACACAGCUUGGCCUCGUGGAAGAGGCGAUUGAGUUGGUGGCGCAGGAAAACGACGAGACGCUGUGGGAUGAUUUGAUUGACCAGUGCUUUGCCAGCGAAAACCCGGAGCACAUCCGCCUUCUCCUCGCCAACUCGGGCUCCUACAUCAACCCGCUCAAGAUCAUCCAGCGCCCGGAUCUUCGUGGCCGCGUCAUCGACGGGCUCAGGGAUUCGCUCGUCAAGAUCCUCUCAGACUUUAACCUCCAGAUUGAUCUGCUCAAGGGCUCGACAGCCAUCAUGAUGAACGACUGUGUGGACCUCACCAUGAAACUCCACAGGCUGCGCAAACGCGCCAUUGUUACAGAGCCAGCAAAGGCGCACUGCCACAACUGUAGCAGAGCCCUCGCCUCAUUCAGCGGGACCAGAGACGAAGCCCUGCUAUUCCGAUGCAAACACAUGUUCUGCCGCACAUGUUUGCAAGAGUUUGUUGCCGGUCGCCAGCGGUCUCGCUCCAUGCAUUCCAACGCUCCGCAGCAGCCGAUUGAGCUGAAUUUCUGCCCAAUUUGUACUCGGAGCGCACGGCGUCCACGCGGCGGCGGUCGCGGUGCUGUUGGCGCAACCCGGCCCAUCAGGCGAUAGAGGCAUGCGGGCAUGAUGCCCACGUGCAAACACAGACACACAGACACACAGACACAGACACAUACACAGACACACACAGACACACAGACACACACGCACACACAGACACAGACACACACACAC